AUGACUGAUAAAGACGACUUCAACGCUGCUACAAACAUAAUGAUACCUAUUGAGAACCCCGAAGGUUCUCGAAACAUGAUAGACAUCCAAAAUGAAAAGAAAAUGGCUCACAUGGAACAAGAACUCGAGAUCUUGAGGGAAGAAUUGCGUCAAGUGCGAGACUUGACCAAACUAUUUGCAACCACUUUCCCUACUUUCAAGACACCUAUCUACUUUCCAAAGGCUGACUUGCUUUCUGCCGACUUACCAAAUCAGCCAGGACUGACUCAACGGACUCCUACUCACGGUCAAGUACCACCAGCUUCUCCAACCGCAGUCAGGAUCGUUCCGAACCUUUCCAACCGCGACCCUACCAUACCUACAAUGCAGCAGAUACUUGGGGCACAUGUCGCUGCUCCCUAUGAGCCACAUGUUCCACCCGUAUAUGCCGCGGGGGCUCCUACCUUCACUAUGCUAGUUGUGGUUAAUGUCCUAUACGAGGUCGAUCAAUAUGAAGAAAUGGAGAAAGAUGCUGGGCUGAAAGAAGAUGCAUCUAUAAAUGCCCAGCUUCAGGGUCUAAAAAAAGCAUUGAAAAGCUUACAAAUCACUAGAGGGACAGAGAGUCUGGAUUAUGAUGACUUGUGCAUCCAUCCAGACAUUGACAUGCCGGUAGGGUACAAACCACCGAAGUUUGACAUGUUCGAUGGAAAGGGUGACCCUCACGCACACUUAAGGGCAUAUUGUGACAAGUUAGUCGGUGUAGGGAGAAAUGAGAAGUUGAGGAUGAAGUUGUUCAUUCGGAGUUUGUUUGGAGAAACAUUAACUUGGUAUACCCGUCAAGACCCUCGCAAAUGGCGUGUCUGGCGGGAAAUGGCCGAGGACUUCAAGAAGCCAUCGGAGAAUUUCCAAGAAUAUGCACGACGUUGGAGAACUGAGGCCGCGAGGGUACAACCACCACUAGAUGAGAGUGAGCUCUCGAAGUACUUUAUUCGAGCUCAAGAAGGUAUCUACUUUGACAAGAUGAUGUCAAUGAUGGGUCAGAAGUUUGCAGAAUUGGUCAAGAUAGGAGACUUUAUAGAGGAAGGUGUUAAAUCUGGGAAGUUUCAGUCUAUGGUCGCACUGCAAGCUGCAAGUAGGGCUAUACAAUCGGGUUCCAUUGGCGGCAUCAAAAAGAAAAGGGAGGAUGUUUUAACUGUCACUUACCAACCAGGAGGACCAUCUCAUCGAUACCCCAAUAAUCCCCAAAUCGCUGCGCAUACUUCAUACGUCCCAGUGCAUAAUACCCAACCACACUAUAACCCAUCUCGAGCACCAGCAUAUCAAAACCCUCCAAGACCAUAUAUCCCUGUUCAAGCACUAAUUCAUCAAAAUAGACCAGCAUAUGCACCGAGACCACGUCCAAAUCUUGAAGCUAGAAAUGCUCGCGCUUACACACCGAUUGCUGAACCCUAUGCUUAA